AUGAUCCGAGUCCACACCAUGAUUGAAAUCCGACUAAUAGCAGCAUGUCACCAGGUCGAUCUCGGCACAACCUGUCUGGGGCAGCUGGGGACCAGCUGGCAGCCCAGCCUACAUAAAUCCUCUAUAUUUUCAAUAUUUCUCCCUGGUCAUAUUUAUAGGUGUUCAUGUUCUUAUUUAGUCCAUAAUACAAGAGGCAAGGAGGAGGAUGAAGUUCAUUAUAUUUUCAUAAGCAAGGACUAUAAACAGGCUGCAUGA